UUGAAACAUGGCGGACGACGUGGACCAGCAACAAACUACAAACACUGUAGAAGAACCCCUGGAUCUCAUUAGGCUCAGCUUGGAUGAACGAAUUUAUGUGAAAAUGAGAAAUGACAGAGAGCUUCGAGGCAGAUUACAUGCUUAUGAUCAACAUUUAAAUAUGAUAUUGGGAGAUGUGGAAGAAACUGUAACUACUAUAGAAAUUGAUGAGGAAACAUAUGAAGAAAUCUAUAAAUCAACAAAACGGAAUAUCCCGAUGCUCUUUGUCCGGGAAGAUGGUGUUGUUCUAGUUGCCCCUCCAUUGAGAGUUGGCUGAAACAAAGAAUUUAUCCCAUGUGGAAAAUAGGAGACUUUGUGCGAUUGCUCUUUAGCUGUAGAAGAUGCUCAGAGACACCUGCGUAAAUUUUGAUAUUAAGAAAUGAUCAAGGAUUCUUCCACUCCUGAAAUGUGUUGAUUUGCAGAUAACUCACAAUUUCUUAAGCUAAAUGGCAUUUUUAUUUUUCUCCAACCCUUCCAAUAAAUGUGGUCAACAAGGCCGAAAACCUUUUCAGGAGUUAAUUUGCUCCAGUUGUUUUUUUCAAACACUUGUUUUUUUUUUUUUUGUAAAAUUAAACUUG